AUGGAUGUUCCUCUCAAGAAAAAGAGCUACAUUCAAAAAUAUAGGACUGAAUGGGAGAAUGACGAAGACUUUAAACAGUGGAUAAAGCCAAUAGCGGAUAGUCCAACGAAAGCCUUUUGCAAGUAUUGUCAUGUAGAAAUUGCUGCCAAAAUUUAUGAUUUACGUAAGCACAGAGAAUCUAAAAAACACAAAGCAAAAUGUGAAUUAAUCACAAAAAAUAAACAGAUCCAGUUUACCUCUACACCUGAUGAUGGUUCAAAGAACAGUCAAAAAGCUGAAGGCCAGCUUGCCUUGUUCAUUGCUGAACAUACUUCCAUAUCCAACACUGACCACCUUACAGACCUUUGUAAAGAAGUUUUUCAUGAUUCAAAGUGUGCCAAAGAUAUAAAAAUGCAUAGAACUAAAUGUACGCAAGUUAUAAAUCAAGUGCUGGCGCCGCAUUUUAAGGAUACUCUUCUAAAAGAUAUUGGCACGCAGAAAUAUAGUAUUAUUUUAGAUGAAUCUACGGAUGUUAGCGUCUCAAAAUACAUGGGAAUAAUAAUACGAUAUUUUAGCCUGAAUACGAAUAAUAUUGUGUCAUCAUUUCUGUCUCUGGAGCCUAUUGAAAGAGCUGAUGCGAGAGGUAUUGUCACAUCUUUAGUAAAAUGUUUGGAGUCACAAAGUCUUCCAAUACAAAAUUUGAUUGGGAUCGGCACCGACAAUGCCUCGGUCAUGACGGGCCGAAAUAACAGCCAAUUGGCGGUCAGCCAUGCGUCUGAAAGCAAUCUGCCACGUAACAUAGAAUUUCUGAUAAGAGAGACGUACAACUGGUUCUCCAUUUCUCCAAAACGCCGAGACGAAUAUAAAGCGCUGUUUCAAACAAUUAACUGUGGGGAUGAACCAUUAAAAAUAUUAAAGGUUUGUGACACCCGUUGGUUAUCAAUAGAGCCUGCUGUGUUGAGAAUAUUGGCACAAUGGAACGAGUUAAAACUACAUUUUUCUUUGGCCAGAGAGAAGUGCUAUACAGCGGGACUUCUUUGGGAAAUGUACAAUGACGAGGGUAAUCGUCUUUACUUAUGUUUUUUGAAAAGUAUUCUUCACGACGUUCAAAUUGGCAUUAAGGUAUUUGAAGGUGAAAAUAUUGAUCCUGUCAAACUGUUAGAAACUCUGAUGACCUUGUUACGAUCUGUCUGCGUUAGAAUAAUAAUACCAGGCGCCGCGACAACAGACAAAGAUUUCCUCACUAUCAAAGUAGAAGAUCAUCUAGAUCCAGUUGCACAUUUGGGACAUCUUUUCGAAUCUCAUGCCAGUAAUAGCAACUUAUCUCCGCAAGCAAUUUCUAAUAUCAAAAAACGAUGCAUCGACUUCAGUGUCAAGUUGGUACAAGAAAUUCAGAACAGAAUACCUUCUAAUUGCGAGAUCCUAGCAAAAGUAACACUCUUAAGUCCAGAGAACACAUUAAAACAGAUCAAGGAUCCUCAUGCACUGGUUGGAUUAGCAAGAGAAUUGGGAUUCGAUGACCAAAAGACAGAUAAAAUUGUUCAACAAUGGAAAACUAUACAAUUCAUAGAAUGGGAAACUGCAGGAGACAGUAAAAUAAAUCGGAGCAAAGUUAAAUAUGUGAUGCCAUCCACAAGUAUAACAGAAAAUCUCGUUGAUUCGUGCUUAAACGCACUAGAAAAAUUAACAGCACAUCACAGCAAAAAGAAUGCGAUUUUUGGCUUUGAAACAUCUAUAUUUGCGGAAAUACGUUGCAUAAAAAUACCUAAUACUAGAGGGAACGUAAAGUUUAUGUUACCACACAGUACUGCUGCUUCAACAGGAGAAAUUUGUUUAAUUACACCGGAUUUAAAAAAAGGAAAGAAAGUUGAUCAUGAACCUACUGUUGAACAUUGGAAAGACAUUUUAAAAGAAGCCGGUGUUACUGAAGUCAAAACAGUAUUGCCUUUAAGACAGUUGAAGGUAGAAUAUGACCAAUAUGAGCUUAAACGGAGACUUCUUACACAGCAUGAUUUUAUAAUGGUUGACACAAGGAUAUUAAAUCAUGCUUCCCAUUUACUUGGGAAAAUGUUUUUCAAAAAGCACAAUAUGUUAAUACCAAUUAAAAUGAAUGAGAAGGCAAAUAUUAAGAAGUACAUUGAUAUUGGUUUGAGAACAGCAAUGUUGCGGUUGAAUGAAGGACACACAUCAACAAUACUUGUAGGCCAUACCAGCAUGUCACGAGAUAAUUUAAAAGAAAACAUCAUGUCAUUAAUAAAACAACUUGCUAGUAAAUAUCCUGGUGGAGAGGCCAAUAUUAGGUCAAUUUCUCUAAAACUGCCACUGUCCCUUCCACUGCCUUUAUACCUAACAUUAAGAUCAUCAAAUUCAAUUGGACUCCCAAAACUUGCUCAUAAAAGACCUAAACACUUCAAAAUUUUAGAGGAUGAAUUAUCAACCAUACCAGAUAGCACUGUCAGGGUAGCUCCUGAUGGCACAGUUCAUCUUAAAAAGCAAAAAAAGAUGGUCAAAAGUGUUAACGAGAAAGUUUUGUUGGAAAGUGAAAAAGAAGAUGAAUCUGAAGGUGAUGUAAAUGAAGAGGAAUAA